AUGAAAGCACAACAAUCAACAAGAUCCAACAACACGACCCACAAACAAAACGUUGGUCAAACCAAACGAUCUGCCAACAUCGAAGACAGGUUGUUGAAAGAUUUCUUGCAGGAAUAUGGGCUGAGUCAACAUGUCGAUCCAAACUUGGGUCUUGUGAAGAGUAGGGGACAAAAUGUUAACAAAGGUCGUGGAAAGAAGAGCGAGUGGUUGGAGAUUUGGAAGCUGCACGACGAGCAUUGUUCCGUCAAGAAAAUAGCCAAAUCACUUAACAGAACAACCACUUACGUGAAGAGAGUGCUUGGUAGACCUAGACCUCAAUAA